AUGUCACCCAAUUGUACUAAUAACUCACCAAGCCCAGACAGAUUGGACUUGCUCCAAACUUCCAUUCAACAGGUUCAAGCUUUAUUGAAGAAUGGGAAUAUUACAAGUGUCCAGUUGGUCAAUACAUAUCUAGAUAGGAUUGAAAGAGAUAAUAUUGACGGAAUGGAAUUGAGAGCUGUGAUUCAACUCGCCCCUAAAGAGUCAGUUCUGAAGAUCGCUAAACAAAUGGAUGAAGAGAGAUCUUCAGGGAAUAUCAGAGGUGAAUUGCACGGUAUCCCAAUUCUAGUCAAGGACAAUAUAGCUGCAGCUCACGAAUUAGGUGUGGAUACUACUGCAGGCAGUAUUGCUUUGAGCGGAUCCAUCGAGCUAUCAUCAUUGCCAAGACCAUCAUGA